GGACCGUGAACGCAUCAUUAUUGGUGGCGCGUGAACCUGUGGAGCAAGGUACUGAACUGAAAUAUAAACUGCGUCAUUAUCUCCUCGGCUACCUUGCAAACUUUAGCAUCUGCUAGCGGAAAGAACAGCGGGAUUUAGUGGCCAAACAUGAGGAGACAGGAACAGCAGCUGGAGAGACCAGCAACGGGCUACCUGCCUUUGUCACUCUUUAACCAGAGGAAGAGAAAUAGAAUUCCUCUGAAAUCUGUUCCUGGUGAAAAUGAGUUCUUUUCACCAAGUGAAUACAUGGCCAGCACCAGUUCAGCUGCUGGUGUAGGCCCCUCAGCUACGUAUGAAUGUUACCAGGCCUCAGAUUCUUCUCCAAGUGCUCCUCAAAGCCAUCAGUGGAACAGAAAAGGUGUCCCGGAGUAUGCUAAACCCCAGCAGUAUGGCAACAGAGCUGCUCCUGGACCAUCUACAAUGAGAACCUACGCACCCAUAGCACAUCCAUACAAAGCCGGGGCCAAGAGCUCCAUGACGGGUCAGUCCAGCAAUCCAGCCGGACAGUGGGUUUCGAGCUCCGGUGUCAGUCCCGGACAUAGCCAAAUUCAACAUCCCUAUGGCAACAAGAACCCCCAAAGCAAGCCAGCACAGCAUGCAGGGUUCUCUCAGACGGCUCAGCAGUCGUCCAACAAACAAACCUUCCCUGCACGUCAGUUUUCCCAGCAGUCCAGACCUCUUCCUCCUCCUGAAGCUCCUCCGCCCAGCGUGCCGCCUGCCCGAGCUGCACAGCAACCUACCAAGUCCUGGACGUUUACUAACAGCUUUGAGAUUCAAAAAUCAAACUUUAUCGCAAAAAAGAGUUCGAAUCAACCUCCAACAGCUAAACCAACCAAAAAAGAGAAGGAAAGUGUUCCAGCGAAGCAGCCUAUGGAAAACUCCCUGAGGAUCCUGACCACAGUUAUUAACGGAAUGAGACACUGGAGCCAGUUUAAAGAUAAAAUUCCUUACUUGUUUGAGAUAUUUGCCACUCUGGACUCUGCAGUCACUCUGGGGCUCUACGGAGCCAAGAGCUUUCUACUGAGAGACGGGAAGGACGUGCUGCAGUGUGUCUUCUAUGAAAAUGAGCAGCCGCUGCCGCGCCUCAUUCGAGGUCAGGUCCAUCGCUGCGUCGGCAACUACGACCGCAGCAGAGACGUCCUGAUAUGUGUGUCCGUUCGAGCCGCUCAGCCGUCGGAGCAGAGGAACGCUCUGGAAGCCGUCAAAGUGUCGGACGCAGAAAUGAGAGCGCUGGCCAAGAUACUCAGCGAAGUUUGAGCACAAAAUGGUGCAAAAUAUUGUUUGUCCAGCUUCUACUGCAGAUAUCUUACUAGACUUGAAAUAAGAUUAAACUGGCUUGCAAGCAACUUCUCAGCAAGAUUUAGGAGCUUGUUUUGAGUCAGUUACUAUUUAAUAUCAAUUAAAAAAAAGAGUAUUAGUUUCACUGGCAGAUUUUUUUCACUCCUAAGAUUUUUCUUCCAGUGGAACUAGAGCGAUUUUAUCAACAUUAAGAUGUUAGUAUCUUAAAACAAGCUCCUUUAUCUCGCUGAAAAGUUACUUGCAAGUCAGUUUAGUAGUUCUCAAACUAAAAAAAUUUAAGAGUAAGUUUAAUUAAGAUUGUGUGUUUUAGCAGUGUGGCGGCUGUCGUCAUCAGUCAACAUGUGAGAUUCAUAAGAACAUUUCCAUAUGCUCUAGUUUGUCGAAAAAGAAAGGUCGCUUUAACAAAAAUAUUGUUUUUGUAAUUUUCCCUCAAGGUUGCAGCUUCCAUACUUGUAUUGUUUUAACAUUUACAUGCUCUCCUUUCCUGUUUCUACAGUUUUCUGUGAACAAAUAUAACGGAAAGUAAAGCGUCUGUUUUUUAGAAGUUAUGAAAUUCGUUUUAUUACAAAGAAAUGCCACAAAAACAACACACAAAUGAAUUCGGUUAAAACCUAAAACCAAUCAGUUAUCCGAAACUGAAAAACGGGGCAGUUAGGAAUAAAGUGAUAUCAACAACAGUUAGUUUAUUUACAGUCAAAUUCCACAAUGAAAAAAAAAAUAUCAACAUAUUUUCUCUACAAAACACUUUUUUUUUUCCACCAGUGCUGAGACUUUACACAUAAUUGUCCAACAAAUAAGGGAAUGAGUCCAACGUCGCUACCCCAGUCACACACAGUAUGAGGUCCAGUACACUACUUACAUUUCUAAUUCCCAUUAGCUUUGAAAUAUGGCAACAAAGUCAUGUUAAUCUUUCAAUUUAUGUCAGUAUUGAAGCCCAAAUUGGGAGUUAUUUAAAGGUUUAGUCUGUUAGUAAAACUCUGAACAAUAACUGAAUAUGAAUCUUAAACACUCGCUGAAAAUGGAGGUGGGGUUGGAAGAAAUUGGCAGUGAACAGGAAAAGUUAAUUGUGGAUAUUUUAUACCAGAACUUCAAAAGCAGAAACUGGAUCAUAUUUCACAUAUCAUUUCGAAUCGUGUGCCAGCUUAAAAAUGUAAAAUCACUGAAUUUGUUAAAAAAAAAGAAAGAAAAGGAUUCAGAGAAUUAAUGUUAGCUGAGCGCUGUAGCCGCUCCGCGAAGCAGCUUGAGUGAUUCACCUCUUCAAUAAUUUGCAGAAGCAUUUCAGGGGGAUAAUUUAAAACGAGCGCGCCGCUUUCUUGGCUGCUGUUAUCCUCAAGGAUUCAAAUACAUCUUUUCAGCAUUUCUCCAAGCUAUGAAUCACACACACUGCAUGAAGUACAUAAAAACACCUUACCACCGAGAAGAAAAGUAGAAGAGAAAAAACACGUCACAUGACACAACAGAAUCCUCAGUUUUCAGCAGAGAGAGAUCAAUACCUGAUAACUGUAUGAAACUUGUCUUUGUUACGUCAAAAGGCACAAGUUGGUCAGAUCACAUUGAAAAUCUAGAUCAGCUGUUCUACCAUUAACAAAGCCCAUCUUUUCAUGCAGUUUUAGACACAAUCCCUACAUCUCCUGGCAUUUUGCAACAUUUUCUUUCCUGAAUUAAAGUUUAGGAUCGGGUGUCGUAGGCAGAGAAAACAAGCACAUCACACAAACAAAUCUGGGGAUGAGGGUGACAAAAACACGCAGCGUGUUCAACAUCUUUUUAUUAUUCUUUUUUGUCUUUUUCCUUUAUCUUAUAACAACACCCCUCGUUGUGAUUUCCCUCCUUUUAGGUCAGGAAACUGAUCUUUAAAUUGUCCAUUCAGUGGUUUUGAUGCUGCGUCUGCGAUCCUUUUCUUUGCGUCAGGAACUGAACUCAGUCUUUGAAAGCUGAACAAUGUUUUGACUCCCACUGGUCAAUUCAAGUCCCAAGAGAAGAGGGCAAAAAGAAAGAAAAACCUUCCAAAUAUCAAAGUUCUUACUUUAAAGAGUUGUUUAGAACUUCAGAGUUCCCAUGGAUUUAUUUACGACCAAUUCAUUCUAGAGGCGACUCAUUUAAGGUUCAAAUGUCUGUACAAUUUCCUUGAAAUCCUCGAACUGUCCUUAUUGCCUCUUCGUCAAGCUUUCGUAGUU